CCCCUAGCGACAUGGACGAAUCAGAAUUAAUACUGACAUGUCGUUGGACAGAGUUGUCACUUUGAAUCACCAGACUAUACUGAAACAAUAAAGAAGCUUUGAGGCCCGAUUGAUAGUGUGCGACACUACGUCCGUCGAUCUAUCGCCUUUCAGGCUGAAUCAUGACAUAAUAUCCCGUGCUUACACCGCUUUUUAUCCCAUUCUUUCGACCCCAAAUUCUCAAUGCGCCACUGAAACCAACAGUCAACUUUUCCGACAUAUCAGAAUCUCAUUUAUUAGAUACAAAGAUGGCUGCAUCAAGUAAGAAUCUGGAACGUAUCGCUGAACUCCGACAGAGUGAGGUGCCGGUCCCAUGGUGUGACGAGUUUGAGAAAAUGAUAAGCGGCAUGAACUUUAACACAGGCAAUUCGCAAGAAAUGAUGGUUUACAAAUUAGCUACAAAAAAGAGACUGCUCUCUUUUAACGAUGAGAGUAUUCCUGAUGGUAGCACCCUUGCAUCAUUAAAAUCAAGACGUAUGGAGGUAGCAAAAGAGAUGUUUGGAAAACUAGGCCAAGACGUCACCAUCGAGCCCCCCUUCUUUCUCCUCUGGGGCUGCAACAUAUUCAUCGGAAACGGCGUCUAUAUGAACCGAGAGGUGUCAAUCCACGACAACGCCCUUGUUACUAUAGGAGACGGUGUACUCAUAGGUCCUGGAGUUUGUAUCUGUCCAGGUACUCACGCCGCGGAUAUGCACAGCAGGAGAGAAGCGCAGGGUACAUCGUUUGCGCUGCCGAUUCGUAUAGAGGCGGAUUGUUGGAUAGGAGCUCGAGCUACGAUCUUACCGGGUGUUACUAUAGGGAGAGGAGCGACUGUUGCGGCAGGGGCGGUUGUUAUCAAGGAUGUUGAGGCGGAGACGUUGGUGGGAGGAGUUCCGGCGAGGUUUAUUCGGAGUUUGAAGAGUGCGUCGACAUGAGAGCCGGUGGCAUUGGCAGGCUUCCUUUCAAGGCUCAGGCUGUCGCUUACACGAGGACAUUUCAAAACAAACCGAUCGCAUUGAUAUCACUAAUCCUGUCUUGGCUUGACCCAAACGCCAUGCUUAUCUGCAUCACCCUCUGUCCACUCAUGUACAGCUGCACUGAACUUAUGCACCCGCUACGGCACCCGCAACCUCUCCAACAACCUCAUCAAUAAUCUUCUUCAACUCCUUCGACACCACCGCCGAAAACAACACCAUAACCACAAAGAACUCAUCCCCCUGCACAUAAACACUAACUUCCUUCUCCCCAAACCUCGUCCAGCCCGCACUCCCAUACUUGGCCACCUUACUCCCAUUCUGAUCAUACAACUCGAACCCCGUGCCAGUCAUCUGAUUAACCUUCCACUUGAACUUGCCCAUGUGUGUAUGAAACCCCCAACUCCCUGUCAUGCUGCUGUUCUUGAUCACCAUUGGUUGGUUAAACACCGACACGUCGAUGCGUGAUGUGCUGAGAUGCAUUGUCGCUGAUGCUAUUAUGUUUUCGGGGGCGGCUGGGCCGCGGUGCAUUAGGAGGGUUGAGCUGCUGGGACGUUUGUAGAUUGUGUACAGAGGAGGAGAUUCUUUUGGUGCGUUGGAGGGGAGGAUGAAGAGAAGGUUGUCGUCUUGUGGGUGUGGACGGAUGGUGAAUAAUUGGGAACCAUUGGAAGAGGAGCCUUGGGGGCUGGAUGAUCCGUAUAAGACUUUAUUGAGUAGUUUCUCCAUGAGGACGACUGUUAAGGUGAUGAUUGGUUUACAUUGACUGUUAUCCUUUUUGCUGGGGGAGCUGAAAAAGCCAAG